AUGGAGGAAGAUAGAAUCAGCCAACUUCCAGACGCAAUUCUGCAACAAAUCCUCUCAUUAAUUGACAUCAACGAAGCCGUUCAAACAAGCAUCCUCUCCACACGAUGGAAAAACCUCAGCUUCUCUCUCCCCGAUCUCCGCUUCCACCUCAUGAGCCGCUUCUCCGCCUUCGUCUCCAACUUCCUCUCCCACCGCGACGGCGCUGCUCCCAUCCGCAGCUUCCACCUCUCGUUCGACAGCCAUGUCCACGCAGAUGCGGCAUUCGUGCAUCAAUGCGUGAUCUACGCCGUCAAUCAUGGCGUCCGAUCCCUCCGCCUCCAUGCGCACUGCCGCCCGGAUCUCACGCUCCCAGAGGCGCUCUUUGCCUCCGAAACGCUCCGGGAGCUCGAGCUUAGGCAGUUCCGCUACGUGAUUUGGAAACCCAACCACUUCUCAUAUUUACAACAUUUGAAAACCCUUUAUCUUGAAAGCACUGCAUUGGUCAAUAUUGAUGAUAGAGGGUGUUAUUUUUGCCUGAAGGAGCCGUUUUCGGGCUUGCCGGAGCUGGAGAAGCUUACCAUAGGGCGGAGUUUGGUUUAUGGGCUUAUUGUGAAGGCUCCAAAGCUUAGAGUUCUUGAAAUUAUUGAUCAAGAAUAUUCGUAUUCGCAUAUGAUGGUGGAGAUUUAUGCUCCGUUGCUUACUUCGUUUAGAUAUGAGGGUUUAUUACCUUUGGUAUGUUCCAAGGUUAAUCUCCCAAUACUGGAGGAAGUUCAUUUGAGCAUUCAUAAAAGGCAACAACAAUUUUUUAGCAAAUUCGAUGAGGAAAGAAUGCUUCUGAAUUGUGUUAGGAUGCUUCAACAACUUGGAAAUGCUAAGAUUGUUGCAUUGUCUUUGGACACCCUUAAGAUUCUUGAAAUGGAUGGUGGUUUGAUUGAGCAAAGCCCUUGUCCUUUUCCCUACAUGAAAUGUCUGAAGAUUAUCCAACGGCGUCGGAAAUUUUCUACAGUGCUACGGAGAGUGAUGAACUUCUUGACGGAGGGGAUUUUGUAUUUUGAAUCGUUGGUGGUAGAGUUGCCACAAGGUGUGAAUGUGGUUGAAAAGAGUUACCAAGAUUUGCUUGAAGACGACAGCGAUGAACAGCAACUCAAACUUCUGUUUGGAAUAGAAGAGGAAGCAUCAUAGUCUCAAAUAUAUUGGUUUGAGUUAUGUUACAAUUUAUAGAUUCCAAACAAUAUUCAUGAUCUGGACAAUCAUAGUAUUAAUUUUAUUAUUAUUUUGGUUGGUA